AUGGGGCCCAAUACCACUGAUGCUCACGCCGAGGUGACGCGGGACCCUCCCUCGCACAAGCUGCUCAGCGCCCCGCCUGUAUCUCCGCGGAUUCGUGUGCGGCCCUGGUGGUUCCCAGAGCACGAACUCGAGGAUCCUCUCGUGCUCUACAUGGAGGCUUGGCUGGCAGAAAUGAUCUUUGGCCCAAACCAAUCCUUAAUCCCAGAAAUAGAGUGGAUAAGCCAGGCUUUGCUGAGAGUGGACGUAGUCGACUCCGGGAAGAUGGCUGAAGUCACCAUAUAUGGACGACCCUGCGUAAAGAAUCGAAUGAAGAAUAUUAUCUCGAACCUGGCGAAUUGGCACAAAGAACACCAUGUCCAAAGAGCUGAGAAGAUGAAGCAGCUUGAGGAGUUCUUGAAGAACCAUUCCUCAAAACACCAGCCUACGCCGGGGGAAAAAGGCACUUGCUGA